AUCGCAGACUCGCGGAGCGCCACCCGCUGCGGAGCAGGGCCGGAGACGCCUCUCGAGCAGCGCUGGCUGUGGGAAUCGCAGCCCGGCCCUUAAAUAAGUCCCUCGCUCGUUCAGGUCCUCGUCUGUCUGCGAGGAUCAGCAGCGACUCUUUGCUAUGCCCUGGUCACGCGAGCGAGCGAGCGAGCAAGUGGCAACUUCUGCCUCGCUCCGAAGCUUAACCUUCGACGACAUCAGGCGGGCUGGCUCAAGAGAUUGAGAGGUAGAAAAGAAAGAAGGACAACGAUUGACUAGACAGCGGUUCGGAGGGAGGUGAUGGAGACGGGAGGGAUGGAAUUCGGGGCCCCGAGGGCAAGUAGCAGCUGGUGGGCAGAAUGGCAGCUCGUAGUAGGGGUGGCCUUGGCGAUUUGGUUGGUAUACGAGCAGCUGUCAUACAUAUGGAAAGGAAAACACCUGCCGGGACCCAAGUUUGUGGUACCGUUUCUGGGAGAUGUAUUUCGAAUGGUCAAAGAUCCGACUAAGUUCUGGGAUGACCAGGCGAAGGCCGCCACUAAAGUCGGGCUCUCAUGGAACGUUCUAUUUGGCAGAUUCGUGCUUUUUGUGAGAGAUUCGGAGAUGUCACAGAAAAUCUUCGCUAACGUGAAACCCGAUGUAUUCCAUCUAGUCGGGCAUCCGUUCGGGAAGAAGCUAUUUGGCGAGGACAAUCUGAUAUUUAUGUUUGGCGAUGAGCACCGCGACUUGCGACGCAGGCUAGCUCCCAAUUUUACUUACAAAGCUCUCGGCGUAUAUGUGUCCAUUCAAGAGCGCAUGAUUCGAAAGCACAUCGCGCAAUGGUUAGAGAUGCACAAGGCCGGUCCAAUGACCAUGCGGCUACUUCUUAGAGACCUCAACUUGGAGACAUCACAGGCUACCUUCGUCGGGCCUUACCUGGAUGAAGCGGCGCGCGUGCAAUUCAAAAAGGAUUACAAUUUUUUCAAUACAGGGCUGAUGAGCUUCCCCGUGAAUCUUCCUGGCUUUGCAUACCACGAAGCUACCAAAGCAGUCCCGCGCCUUAUCAAAGCCUUGUCCAACUGUUCUCGCAUGAGCAGAGAGAGGAUGAUACAGGGAGAAGAGCCUUCUUGCCUCAUAGACUUUCUUGUACAGGAAACUCUGAGGGAGAUUCAGGAGGCGGAGGCUGCUGGAGGACCUCCUCCUGGACACAGCAGCGACUGGGAAAUAGGCGCCCUCAUUUUCGACUUCCUUUUCGCUGCUCAAGAUGCCUCCACUUCGUCUUUGGCGUGGUCCUGCGCGUUUUUAGACUCGCAUCCGGAAAUUCUGCAGAGAGUGAGGGAUGAGCAGAGACGCGUCAGGCCAGAUGUCACGGCUCCCGUUACCCCGGAGAUGCUGAAGGAGAUGGAAUUCACGACAAUGGUUGUCAAAGAGGUGUUGAGGAUUCGACCUCCUGCUCCAAUGGUCCCGCACAUUGCGAGCACGGACUUUGCCAUCACUGACACCUACAAGGUUCCCAAGGGCACUAUUGUGUUUCCAUCGUUGUUGGAAUCGUCGUUUCAAGGCUUCACGGAUCCCUACAAAUUCGAUCCUGAUAGGUUCUCGCUUGAAAGACAGGAGGAUGUGCUGUACAAGCGCAACUGGCUGCUGUUCGGAGCCGGCCCUCAUCAGUGCGUGGGGCAACGCUACGCAUUGAAUCAUCUCACUCUCUUCGUCGCGUUGUUUACUACUCUCGUCGAUAUGGAGCGCCUGCGGACUCCUGGCUGCGAUGAUUUGCUCUACACCCCUACUAUAUCCCCAAAGGACGAGCUCAUGUGCCGGAUGACUGCGCGUGUUGUUUCAUAGCAUGACCGAUCCAGUUGUACCCAACCUGUUUCGCUCCAAUUAUUCCUUACUAAACUCGAGCCAGAUACCACCCAAGUCUUAUUUGUUCAUAUUUCAAUGUAGAGUCGUCUUUCGUCGCUUCAUGACUUGAAAGUGAGCAUUCUUCUACACACUAAGCACAUCGAACAUGAGCCAGGUAUAAUCAACUUCUGAUUCCACAAGUCUAGAUUGGGUGAGUUUCAUCUAAAGACAAGCAAAGAGCGAUCAUUGAUUUUAUGACUGCAUCAGCAGCAGCAUUCUGGUCAUGUGACCCUCAAUUCUUCAUGCAUGUAUCUCGAUAGGCUGAAAUCACACUCAUCAUUGUUGUAGCUAAUAGCUAAGCAUGGGAACGGUCCACAUUGGAUCGUUGUCCAGUCACAGAAGGAGAUUAUAUUUCGUUUGAUCGUGAAUAGUGAAACCCAUAGGUUUGCAAACUAUCAAGUGACACCAGCGCGUAGGAUCUUUUGCUACCUUACUACUCUGUAUCACGCUGUAAUUGUCUGUACAGUUCCUCUGUCAUGGAUUCUGAAGCAGAAACAUUUUCACGUUCUCUUUGGAUACAUCCAGUUGUGGAUGCCCUAAGAUUUGUUUUUGUAUCGAAACUUAUUGUUUCUCUCGUAUCAUUUCACGCAGAUUGUAAAAUUGGAACGAUUUUUGAUA